GGGCCGGGGCAGAGCGGACACUCUCUCCACCGCGGAGGCCCCCUGCUGGGUCAGGGUCUUAUUGGAGGCUGGACUCUGAUCACCUCCCCUCCCGCGGUCGCAGCACCCUCCCAGCUUCUCUGCCCCAAUUCCAAUCCACAGGUUUCUCUAAGAGCUGCGCAGCUCUGGAACCGGCCUGGGAGGGGACACAUUUGAGCCAGGAGGGCGGGGAACGGCAUGAAACUCUGGUGUUAUCUGAAGUCCUGGUCUGUUGUCCACUGGGGGCCUGGGAAACAGCCACCCCUUCUGUUCUGAGGCCAGCGGCCUGUCCUCGGGGUCGCUGCUAUUUCUGCCAAAGGGGAGAGGUAAUUAUAGCACCGCCACUGCCAGCUGGCCCAGCUUUGCGAUCAGCAGCGAGGGCUGGAGACAGACGAAGGCCACAACACACCCAGCCGCACAGGCGGGCGGUGGCACCUCCAGACCAGAGCCCUCGCAGGAGGCCUGGGCAGGCCUGGCCCGUCCACCUGAGUGCCCUGCAGUCCUGUCUAAGGCUCAGCUCUCAAGGGCCUGGGGGGUGGGCACUACCGGCCGGGAGGGGCCAGGACCUCACUGGACCGUGCCCUGCAAAGAGGCCCCGAAGAGCCUGUUUCCAUCCCUCAGGGAGCCAGGGAAGAGCCAGGACCAUGUUCCGGUAAAUGAGGACUGUGGCAGGAGCCCUGAGCCCCGACUCCCGGCGAGAGACGCCACAUCAGACCAGGAAGAAUGAGGAGGCUGCGUGGGGCCCGCGGGGGUGUGGGGCACAGAGGGACGACAACAGGAAGUGCCCCCACUCCAUCCUGAAACGGAGCCGGCCGGAGCACCGCUGCCCAGGGCCCGAGCCCCAGAGGACAUCGAGGCGCGUGCGGUUCCGAGAGCCCCCAGAUGUGACCGUCCACUACAUUGCUGUCAGGGACGCCACAGCCACUGUCAAAGCACCCGGCCGGCCCAGGCCACGCAGCGGCUCCCUGCUCCUGCGGCUGUGCGUGUGCGUCCUGCUCGUGAUGGCCUUGGGUCUGUGCUGUGGCCGGUCUAAGCCCGUGGCAGCGGCGCUGGAGGACCUGCGGGUCCGGCUCCUCCGCCUUGUCCUGCACCUGUGGCACGUGGUCCUCACCAGCUGGCGUGGCCUGCUGCAGCUCUGACGGGGAAUGGGCAAGGCUCCUGGAAAAGCCCCAGCACCCCGGGGCUCCGAGACAGCCUUAGCCCUGGCCCUGCUGCUUGGUGAAUUGUGGGGGCCAGGAGGGGCUGCUGCCUGGGGCCGACUGGGAACAGGGGGACCCCCUGGCAUGAGAGCGGACACAGGUACAGCGGGCGGCCAGCCACAACCGUCAGCACAGCGCCGGUCUCCUGUGUUGGGUCCAUGUGAGAUCUUACUAGAAAGAGGGUCCGACUGCUAACAUUGGGGGCCCCCAUUCUGGGGCUCCCCAGGCUCGCCCGAAGACCCCUCCCUCGCCCCAGCAGGCACCCCUGCAGCGGCUGGGGCCUGGCCCAGGCAUGGCCACACAUGCCGUCUUGAGGAGGAUACACUGCCUGCGUCCAAGGGGCUGCUCAGAGGAGGCAAACCCAGCCUUUCGCUGCUAUGAGGGCCUGGGUGGACCCCGACCUCGAAACCCCAUGGGGAGGGAAGGGUCUGGUUGUCAAGGUGGGUCCCUUUGAGGUGAGGUAUCGUCCUCUGAGCCCAGGUCUGACCCCCUAUUCAGCCCCAUGAGUCUGGAGUGGCCCCAGGGGAGGACUCCUCAUCAGAGGUGGCUUCAGACGUAGAAGCCAAGGAGACAGCAAGGGGCCUGGACACUCCCGGCCUCCAGGUCACGGCCAUCUGUGCUCAGUUCUGUGGGUCCAAACACCCCCGGUCUUCAGAACACAGCCAUGUGUGCCCAGCUCUGCAGACCGGGGACACCCAACAGAGCCCAGGGCCAGCCAGCGCCACCCACCAGCUGGGGCCCGUGGGUCCCAGCAACCGUCUGUGGUUGUGGCUUUGUCGCCAGAUUGCAGAGCUGAAGGGAGCCCUGUGGGUGACAAACACCAGGGGCCCCUCCAGACCCUACAUGGGGGGAGGGCCAAACAAAGCAGGGAGGCCCACCGUCAGACACCAGGCAGAACUGCCCAGGGACAAUCAGACCAGUGUCCUCGGGGCUGGCCUGAGAGGCGAGGGCACAGUGGAUGACCCGUCCGUGGUUCCUCUCUGUAUGUCCCAUCACCGAGCUGGGAGACACUGUUCUUUUAAAACGCACUGGGGCCUCCUUCAGUCUGGAGUUUGUAUAGAAACAGAGGCCAAAACAGAUUUGCUAAGGACCCAGCCUCUGAGCAGAGCAGGUAUCCUGGGUCCCUGGAAGCGCCCAGUCUCCUGAAGGCCUUCG